AUGUCAUCUCUAGCUCUACCAGAGGUCCACUUUCUCAGACCAACACCACAUUGUCCCAACAGCCAGUAUCCUGUAUUGAUAUACCGCAAUGUGAUCCCAGAGCCCCAGGACGAAACAGAGACAUCAAUCUUCCUGCAGCGGUAUGGCUGGGUCAAAAAAGGAACUUGGGGAGCUAUCACAAUCAAGCAUUUUCAUCCUAAUACACACGAAUGCUAUGGUGUAAUUCAAGGCAAGUCAGAACUGAUUUUCGGUGAGGGUGGGUCAGAUGUCCCGGGAACUGGGGUGAGGCGCACGGUAUACAAAGGUGAUGUAGUAGUUAUUCCAGCCGGAGUAGCUCAUGCUUCCGCAGCUCCUGACAGCAAAGACACGCCCGAAGGGCAAAUGUAUCGCUACAUAGGCGUAUACCCCAAAGAUGCCCCUAAAUGGCGCAAUGAGUUGGGAGAAACUCGGAUCAUAGGCAGUGCUCUCGGUACUGAAGCCAGAAAUGUGGUCGUUCCCGAAGAUCCUGUCUAUGGGGUAUCGGGUCCGCUGGUGGGGCUCUGGAACGCCGCGAGGCGUGAGAAAGCCAUGUUAUAG